AAUGAGAGGGAGCCAAAAAACAUGAAACAAAAUAAAAAAAUAAAAUCAUGAUGUGGCUUGGAAGGAACCGACCCGUCCGAUUAGAAGGACUGGAUGGAACCGACGACGCUGUUGUCACCGGCUGUAUUUCCAGGGUUUCCAUUUGAGGUUGGAGCCAAGAAAUUUGGACUACACAGCAGUGGGAGCACUAUGUUAUCUUGAUGCUUUUCAGACCCGAUCACCUGCCUUGGAGCUUCCGGUCGAUGCUCAAGGCUCCGAUUGACGCUUCCAUGGCGGCGACUGUUGUCUGGAGGACGGAUCAAGUCACUGUUUUAGUUUCCCCAAGAUCUUGAACCCUCCUGAUCUGUAAAUCUUUCACCUACCUUCGGUAACAAUUUUGAGAAAAACCCAGAUCUGGGUUUUUCUCAAACCCAGAUUUGGGUUUCAUCAUAGACGUUCCCAAUGUUGCUUUGCCUUUACUUUAUUGUCACUUUCUUUAUCAUCCAUUUGGUUCUUGAUUCCUUUUGGCAGGCUGUAGGAUUAGGCUUUCGAUAACCAAUUCCAGUUGUUUGAUACAACAAACUCAGACGGAACAUCGGUGGUGUUGUCAAAGAGUUCUAUGCUCGAUUCACUUCUUUGCUGGAGUUUUCUCAAACUUCUGGUGAUCUUUCCUCAUAAACUCUCGCCAUUUUCCUUUCCUCAUCAACAAAUUCCUACAGUACGCCAUUGCCUACUUCUAUUUGGGUUUGAGAAAUUGAAUAGUCUGCUUGAUUCACUUCUUUGCUUGAGUCCAUGUGAUAUCUACAACUAUAAGGUUUGGUUUGGAUUUGGGACCACUGGAGGGAAGGUUAUGCAGAUGAAGAAGAUUGCCUCUUUUCUCGCUCAUGUCGGCGCCAAAACUUCUUGUGAAUAUUGUGUAUUUUUGUUUUGAAUUUGAUCCAUUGUGAAAUUUAGUGUGCAUUUAGCUAGAUCUGGCAACUCUUAGGUAUAGAAAUUUUGUUUGGCUGCUAGGAAAGUGGUAGGAACUAAGAAAAUUUAUUAUUUGAUUCUGGGAUUUUUUUGGGCCACAAUUUUUAUUUCCUAAAUAGCUCUCUUAAGAACAAUCAUUUUAGAUUUGGUAAAUGGGAUGUUCUUGCAAAUAUUAAUGGUCUGUCUAAUCUAUUGUUUCCAUUGUAUCUGGUAAGAAUGGAUU